AUGGAGAAACACAUGCAUUUAUGGAGGGGUGUUGACAAGUUGUCAUAUACCUUUGGGGACAAACCAAAUGGCAUUAUCUGUAGAUUGGUUACCAUCAAAGAUCAUAUUUUUGUAGCAACUACCUCUAACAGUUUAUAUUACGGUGAGGUAGCAUUUUUGGAAAACAGCCCUCCAACAUUGGUCUUCAAAAGAGCUCAGUUCGAAGUGGUUGACAUAGCAUCCAAUUCUGAUUAUUUAUUUAUCAUAGAUAAUAAUGGACAGGUACUGAAAGUAAAUCCUCAAGAUAUGAGUAUAGUAAAUACUAUAAUUCUAAAAGAAGAAGUUAAAUGCUGUAGGCAUGGAUACAGACAAGAGAACGAAGUAGUUAAAGUUAAAUCGAUAGCUGUUAGCGAUCAAGCUGCACUGUUUGUAACAGAAAGUGGACAACUUUGGGCCAGUGGAAAUCAGUCACAAAUAGAUAUUAAUAGCACAGAGCCUAAAAAGGUCCGAUUUUUUGAAGGUAGAACCGUAUCUGCCGUUGCGUGUGGCUCUAAUUUUAACGUGGUCGCUGUUAGGAAAACAGCAAAGUCUAUGAAAGAUGACACAGACAGCGAGAAUGAAUUGGAAGAAGAAGUGUUUGUAAAUUCUUGUCCUCAGUGUCUUAACGCUGUAUCGCUGAGCCCUACGAGUUUAACUUCGUCGGAUACUUGCCCGAUCGGACUUCAUGCACAGCAAUUUAGCGAAGAUCGUUCAACAAAUUCCAUCAGUGCUCUAUCGAUCGCCAGCAAGGAACACGAUACUGUUUCACCGAUAGACGCUGUUAAAAAGGACGAACAUCCUGAGAUAAUUGAAAACGGAGAGUUGUGUUCUAAUAAUCCUGUGGACUCCGAGAAAGAAGAGAAGAAAAAUGUUAUUUUUAUAAACACAGAAGCAGCGAGACAAUUUUUAACCAGACAAUUAUCCUGGGUUUCGUCUUAUGGUAGCGUGAAAGAAGACAUACCCCUGGAGAACGUCGAGAAACCGACUAGAUUAAUUAAACAAAACGUAUCUAAUGUAGCUAAUUUAGUGUACGAAGGAGUGAAAAAUGUAGGUGGUAAAGUAGUUACGUUAUCGAGGCACAUGAGCGGAAGUUCCGAUAUAAAUGAAUUUAAAGACGACAUUAGCGAUCAUUUAGAAAGAUCAGGAGAAGAAUAUUUAAAACCAGCCGGUACUAGUUUAGCGCUAAGUUUACGAUGCGAGGAAUUUCCUUGGUCGUCGAGCACCGGUUCUUCGGAACACGAGCUGUCUCAGCAAGGUUUAAACGAAAGGAUUAACACGUUAACCCGUACCGGAAGUAAUAUCCUGUCCACCGAACUCUGGACAUGGGGCGACGUACAACACGGGCAAUUAGGAACUGGUGAUAUUAUCAAACGUUCUCGACCAGUAUUAGUAGCAAAACUUAGUAACAUUGGACUGAGAAAGAUUUCAUGCGGUGCAUUUCAUGUUCUUGCAUUGACGUUAGAUGGAAGAGUUUUUGCUUGGGGAAGAAAUAAUCAUAAACAGGUGACGUUAGAACCGAGCACCCAUCAAAGCGCGCCCCAAUUGUUCACUACAAAAUUAUCUUCAAACGAGAGAGCUAAAGAUAUGGCAGCUGGUAGCUUUCAUAGUUUGAUAAUGAUGCACCAUGGUCUAUACUUUAUCGGACAAUCUAGUAAGGCUGGAGAAAUGUUUCAACUUGACAUUGAAACGAAUAACGAAUGCAGUCCUAGGCAAAUUUUUAGUUCUGGGGAAUAUAGCUGUUGCGCUGUGAUAAACGAACCAGAGAUAAAUGUUUCGGAAGAUUUGGUAAGCGAUCAAAUCUUCUUGGAAGAGAUAUUGAUUGUUUAUCAAAAUUUAAUCAAACCAUUCCAAAAGAAAGGGGGUGCUAUGCAAGAAUCAAAUGUUUACGAGACGUUAUGUCGAUGUUAUACAGAGUUAUUAAGUUUCAGCGCACUGAACGUUAUCAGUUUAUGGGAUUAUUUUAAUCAUAUCGGCGAAGCGUACGAAGUAACGCUUGUCGCUAAUGCCGAGGAAUACGUUAAUGUGUACAGAUAUUACAUAAACGCGGUGUGUGAUGUCAUCUCUUUAAGCGGAUUCACGUAUAUUGCAAAAAUAAUUGAAGUGCCACAAAUAAUAGCAAAUUUAUUUAUGGAAAAAUUAAAAGUUAGUGAAGUUAAGAAAGUUAAUAAUGAAAUUGUUAUUACAAUGGCAUUACAGCAUCCGUUGCAUAAAUUAAAUAGAUAUAAAAACAUGAUUUUGAAUUUAAUUAAAUGCAACGGUACACGAAUGGGUGUAGAACGAUUGCAAGAAGCUUUAAUGAAAUGGGAACAAAUAUGCGACGAACAAGAAAAACGUCAGAAAGAAGCGGAGGCUACGAAAAUAUUUUGGGAGAAUUCGGGUAAAUUAGGAGAAUUAUUAAGGUCACCUGACAGGCGGCUUAUCAGAGAAUCCCGAACUCAUCCUUUAUCGAUACUUAAUUGUGGAAGAUUUUCCACGCAUUGGUUUGUUUUGUUAACAGACAUAUUUAUUCAUGUUACUGGUUCUUCUCAUACGGUACAUCCGCUUCAAACAAUAUGGGUCGAACCUUUACCUGAUUCUGAAACAGUACAAAACGCUAUAUCAAUAGUAGCACCAGAGGAUACGUUUGUGUUAUAUACCCCAACACCUUCUGAGCGCAACGAAUGGUUAUACGCUUUACAAAAUGCUAUAAAAUGUAGUCUGCAAAGGGUUAUUGGACAUGUACCUCCAAUAGUACGUUCUAGCUCAUUUUUUUUCACAAAGCACAGUGUUUUCAAAGAUGCAAAGUAUACUGGACGAUGGUUAAAUGGUAAGCCACAUGGUUCUGGAAAGUUAGAAUGGUCCGAUGGACGUACCUAUGUAGGACAAUUUCAUAAAGGUGUUAUCCAUGGUACUGGAAAAAUGGAAAUUCCAUCGCAGGGUGUGUAUGAAGGACAAUGGAAAGAUGGUCAACAGAAUGGAUAUGGAACUAUGAAAUAUAAUAAUGGAGAUUUUUAUGAAGGAUAUUUCAAAGAUGGAUUACCACACGGGCACGGUGUUAAAAAAGAGGGUCAUUUCAUGGCAUCCGUAGCAUCUGUAUAUAUUGGAGAAUGGGCGGCAGGUGUAAAGCAAGGAUAUGGCAUUAUGGAUGACAUAAUGACAGGUGAAAAAUAUUUGGGCUCAUGGAAUAACGGUAUGAAACAUGGCUGUGGUUUAAUUGUAACUUUAGAUGGCAUUUAUUAUGAAGGUGUUUUCAUGCAAGACGUUUUAACGGGCCAUGGAGUUAUGGUGUUCGAAGAUGGUACUCACUACGAAGGUGAAUUUAAAUCAGCCGGUAUUUUUUAUGGGAAAGGUACAUUAACGUUUAGAAGUGGCGAUAGAUUAGAGGGUAAUAUGAAUGGUGCAUGGAACGAGGGCAUAAAAGUAAUUGCAACGUUGCACAUGAAUAAAGCUAGUGGAAAUACGCAAACUGAUUCGAAACCAAUGUCGUUUGGUAAAUUAUGCGUAUCGCCGGAUCAGAAGUGGAAAGCAAUAUUUAGGCAAUGUUAUCAACAGCUUGGUGUACUUGAACCAGGUUCAAAAUUGACUAGUAAUAGUGAGAAAUCAGUAGAAACUCAACGUGUUUGGCAAAAUGUUGCCAGUAUAAUAACUAAAUCACGUCAAAAGUCUUCGCAGCAAAAGAAACUCAAAACAGUUACAUCGAUUUACAGAGAAAAAAAUAACGAAGCGGUCGAUGAACUGGAUAAAAUUCCUUGUUUCGGAAGGGACAAGCUUACCGUUCAAACUUAUAACGAAGUUCAUAAAUAUUUAGUGAAAGCUUUUGAAAGCCAACAUCAUCCGCUAGGUGCUCUUUUAACAGAAGUUGCCGCUGUAUAUACAGCUACCUAUGGUGGUGUGAGAGUUCAUCCCUUGUUACUUAGUCAUGCUGUAUCCGAACUUCACAGUAUUACCUCAAGAAUAUAUGAAAUAGUUAUUUUAUUGUUUCCGGCACUACCACGGGGUGGAAAAGAAUAUGUGUUGGAGAUAGAAAACAGUGAAGAAGGCCAAGUUAUAAGUGCUGCUGCAAUACUUUAUCCGAUACUGUUACCUCGAGUACAUUCAGCCCUUUUCGUGCUAUAUGCUUUACAUAAUAAAAAGGAAGACGAUGCCUAUUGGGAAAGAUUAAUGAAAUGGAAUAAACAACCGGACAUAACACUGAUGGCUUUUCUAGAUAUUGACCAGAAAUUUUGGAAAAAUGCGAAUGUACUAAAUUUAAAUGAAAAUGGAUUACCAUAUCAAAGCGAGCCGUACUUCAGUGAAGCGAUUGAAACUUUGCAACAGUUGAAAACUACAUUUUCCCCGUUAGAAAAAUUGUUAGUCGUUAGAAAUACGUUUGAACAAAUGACACAAGCAGUUCAAAAACAAUUGGGUCUUUCGUAUUUAUGGACGAUGGAUGAAUUGUUUCCAGUUUUUUGUUUCGUUGUCGUACGUGCUAGUGUACUACAAUUAGGUAGUGAAAUACAUUUUAUAGAAGACUUCAUGGAACCAUAUUUACAGAAUGGAGAACUAGGAAUUAUGUUUACUACUCUCAAGGCAUGUUACUAUCAAAUACUACAGGAGAAAAUUAACGCGGGUGACUGAAUGUAUAAUUAUUAUAAGUAGUAAAAGUACAUAUCAAACAGUUCUAUAAAAAUAUUAGUGUACAGUACUAAGCAUGGUAAGCUUCUCCAGAGAAGAUUUACAAUGUAUAUAUGUGUAUGUUUAAAUUAACAGGAUAUUAACUUAUUUCAUCAUUUUGAUAUUACUGUACUGUAUUAUCAAUAUGAUUUUCAGACCGAAAACGUAAACGCUUAUUUAUUUAUAUGAGUUGUUUAUACAACUGUUAUAAACUGAAUAUAGACAUUCUAUGAUAAUAAUUGCAUUUAAUAAAUAUUAACUGCAAAAUGAAUAACGUGUAAUAUAGUAUAGUAACAAUAUUGUGAUAUUGUGUGCAAUAUCAUGAAAUUAAAUGCCAUAUGAAUAGUUAUUGUUAGAAUUUUCUGUUGUUUAAAUGUCUCUUACAUGUACUAGAUAAACAAAAUUGUAUGUAAUGUUUAAUUAUUUUCAAUAUAUAAAAAUAUACCCAUAGGAAUUUCCUUUAAAAAAAUAAUAAAGAUACUGAUUAGGAAGGUAUAAGUACUGCUUCCUCUAUCAUGUAAUAUAAUGUAAAAUUGAAAGUAAAUUAUUAAUUAUA